GCCACGGCAAUCAUGGAGGGUGGAUGUUGUUUGUGAGCUCUCUCUCUUCUCCCACAGUGCCGAACACCAGCCACAACAGUAGCCUGGAUCUGGCUAACGUUGCUUAAUAACUAGUUAUAAACGACCAAGAAGAGUGUGUUAAGCUGUUAUCGCGUGUAAAUAGGAGUGUCGUAGCCCUAUUUUGGAUAGCAUCAUGGUCGUGGUUGUUUAGUAACGUUUCUCUCCUGUAUGAAUGAUGAACUUAACUACCCGGUCUAAUCACCACAGGUCAUUAUGACCCUAACGAGGGGUCACGUCGGCCGGAGUUACAGAACACUGCCCAGUAAUACCUGUCAUUAUGUGAACAUUUUGUCAAAAUUCCACAAUCUCCAUAGAAGCUCAUGCGAGGAACCUUCUAGAUAAUUCAGAAGCUGAAAGUAAAUUGGUAUCAGAAGCAUUUAAGCAGCAGAUGGAGCCGAGCCCGCACCAGCGGCUGGAGCCGAGCCCGCACCAGCGGCUGGAGCCGAGCCCGCACCAGCGGCUGGAGCCGAGCCCGCACCAGCGGCUGGAGCCGAGCCCGCACCAGCGGCUGGAGCCGAGCCCGCACCAGCGGCUGGAGCCGAGCCCGCACCAGCGGCUGGAGCCGAGCCCGCACCAGCGGCUGGAGCCGAGCCCGCACCAGCGGCUGGAGCCGAGCCCGCACCAGCAGCUGGAGCCGAGCCCGCACCAGCGACUGGAGCCGAACCCGCACCAGCGGCUGGAGCCGAGCCCGCACCAGCCGCUGGAGCCGAGCCCGCACCAGCGGCAAGUUCCUUUCUCCAAGUCUUCCUUUAUUCCUAUUACAAAUAUAAGAUCUGUGCUGGCCUCUCCACAAAGCACAAGUGGAAAUGAUCUUGGAACUGCAGAGUCAUUCACCUUAGAUGGAUCAUCAGCGAUCAACUAUGAGGAAUUGAAUACAUUGUCAUCCCUUGACCCCCAAAAAUCUGGUGGUAAUGUGCCAGCAAUACCAUCAACAGGGGUUGGAUCAUCAGCUCUUGCAAACAUGGACUUGGCCAUUCCGUCUUCUACCAGCCCCCUAAAUGAUUCCGCUGCUGUUGCUGGGCUGACAGUUACAGAGUCAUUAUUACAGACUGGCUCUUCAAAGCCUGAGUACAUGGACUUGGCCAUUCCGUCUUCCACUGACCCACUAAAGAAUUGUGUACACUCACUAAAGAAUUGUGCUGCUGUUGCUGGGCUGACAAUUACCGAGUUAUUGUUAAAAGAUGGGUCAUCAUCACUUGAGUACAUGGACCCAACUAUACCCUCUUCCGCUGGCACCUUUAAUGCUGCUGGUCUGGGAGUUAACGAGCCCUCAUCAGCGCUUACGUAUGCAGACUUGCCCAUACUAUCAAACUCUAUUGCUGUUUCUGCUGAUGUAGCUGUUACUAUUGCUACAGCUGUUGAUACAGCUACAUCUACUGAUAUUGAUAAUGGUACAUCUACUGAUAUUGAUAAUGCUCCAGAUGCUGACAUUAUUACUGCUACAAUUGCUGAGGCUAAUAAUGCUACAGCUGUUGACAUUAAUACUGCCACAGCUUCUGAUGUUGAUACUGCUACAGCUGCUAAUGUUGAUACUGCCACAGCUGCUGAUGUUGAUACUGCUACAGCUGUUGACAUUAAUACUGCUACAGCUGCUGAUGUUGAUACUGCUACAGCUGCUGAUGUUGAUACUGCUACAGCUAUUGACAUUAUUCCUGCUGCAGCUGCUAUAGAUGAUACUGCUAUAGCUGCUGACAUUGAUAUUGCUACAGCUGCUGAUGUUGAUGCUUCUACAGCUGCUGCAGUUGCUGAUGUUGAUAUGGCUACAGCUGCUGAUGUUGAUAUGACUACAGAUACUGAUGUUGAUACUGCUACAGCUGCUGAUGUUGAUCCUGCUACAGCUGCUGACAUUGAUUCUGUUGCAGCUGCUGACAUUAAUAUUGCUACAGCUGCUGAUGUUGAUACUGCUACAGCUGCUGAUGUUAAUACUGCUACAGCUGCUGCAGUUGCCGAUGUUGAUAUUGCUACAGCUGCUGAUGUUGAUAUGGCCACAGCUGCUGAUGUUGAUACGGCCACAGCUGCUGAUGUUGAUGCAGCUACAGCUGCUGAUGUUGAUACUGCUACAGCUGCUGAUGUUGAUCCUGCUACAGCUGCUGACAUUGAUUCUGUUGCAGCUGCUGACAUUAAUAUUGCUACAGCUGCUGAUGUUGAUACAGCUACAGCUGCUGAUGUUAAUACUGGUACAGCUGCUGCAGUUGCCGAUGUUGAUAUUGCUACAGCUGCUGAUGUUGAUACUGCUACAGCUACUGAUGUUGAUACUGUUACAGCUGCUGAUGUUGAUACUGCUACAGCUGCUGAUGUUGAUACUGCUACAGCUGCUGAUGUUGCCGAUGUUGAUAUUGCUACAGCUGUUGAUGUUGAUACUGCUGCAGCUGCUGAUGUUGAUCCUGCUACAGCUGCUGACAUUGAUUCUGCUGCAGCUGCUGACAUUGAUAUUGCUACAGCUGCUGAUGUUGAUACCGCUAUAGCUGCUGCAGUUGAUGAUGUUGAUACUGCUGCAGCUGCUGAUGUUGAUCCUGCUACAGCUGCUGACAUUGAUUCUGCUGCAGCUGCUGACAUUGAUAUUGCUACAGCUGUUGAUGUUGAUAUUGCUACAGCUGAUGAUGUUGAUACUGCUACAGCUGCUGACAUUGAUAUUGCUACAGCUGUUGAUUUUGAUAUUGCUACAGCUGAUGAUGUUGAUACUGCUACAGCUGCUGACAUUGAUUCUGCUGCAGCUGCUGACAUUAAUAUUGCUACAGCUGCUGAUGUUGAUACCGCUAUAGCUGCUGCAGUUGAUGAUGUUGAUACUGCUACAGCUGCUGCAGUUGCCGAUGUUGAUAUUGCUACAGCUGCCAAUGUUGAUACUGGUACAGCUGCUGUAGUUGCCGAUGUUGAUAUUGCUACAGCUGCUGAUGUUGAUACGGCCACAGCUGCUGAUGUUGAUACGGCCACAGCUGCUGAUGUUGAUGCAGCUACAGUUGCUGAUGUUGAUACUGCUACAGCUGCUGAUGUUGAUACUGCUACAGCUGCUGCAGUUGAUGAUACUACUACAGCUGCUGAUGUUGAUACUGCUACAGCUGCCUAUGUUGAUACGGCUUCAGCUGCUGAUGGUGAUACGCCUACAGCUGCUAAUGUUGAUAGCGCUGCAGUCAGUGACAUUGAUACUGGAGGUGUUGCAGCUGCUAACUCUGUUGUAACUGUUGACAGUAUUGCAGCAGCACCUGUUAAUACAGCUGCUGCUUGUUCUGCUGUUGUUGAUGGCAAUGCAGUUGCUGCCAACACUUUCAUGAGUGCUCCACCUGUAUUAUCAUCUCGACCAUGGCAGCAAGGUGGCAGGCUAAUGAGGAGCUGCAGGGAUCGUGUUGAGAGCUCCAAGCUGCUGGUGUUGAAGAGUAGUGUUGAUUGUGUUGGGUGUCUUAAUGUAGAAACAUCAUCAGUAAACCAGAAAAAGCAUGAAGAGAAUUUGCUAGGGUCAAAUGAGCAACCUAGUCACAGCGCUGUUCACAGCGCCACAGCAAACAACAAGAACCCCACUUUGCUACAUUCUUCAGGACAAAAGCGCUGCCGCUAUCCUGGUGCCAUACGUUCAGGAGGCAGAAAAAAGUGCACAAGACCUCCGUAUACCAAUACCCAGCUGGCUGUUCAGGCGAUUUCUUCAGUUCCAAACAAAGAGUGCUCGCUGGAUUACAUAUACUCGUACAUCUUGAAACACUACCCAUAUUACCAGCUCCAUAACAAAGAGAUGCAGAACUGUAUCAGAGCCACCUUAUUAAGUCGUCCGUACUUCAUCAAGAGUGCCAGUAAAUGGAAAAUAUAUCCUGUUUGGGAGAAGGAGUUAGUAAGGCAAGCAUUUACGCUCUAUGGGCAAGAGUACAUGCUGCCAGCUGCUGCUGGCUCUACGACUCCAUCCAAUACGAGCAGCUUAGUGCCUGUCUGUCCACAAGGCUCUGGCAGUGGUAGGGAAGCAAUCCCCAAGUCACCAGAGGAGGAGAGAUCACCAUCACCGGAGUGUGUGGACCUGACCGAACCGUCAUCCCCUGACCCCACAAAUGUUGGUACUUCUACUGCUAUCACAGCCAGUAGACCUCACCUGAAUCAGCAAGAAACAUCGCUAAUAAACCAGAAAGAGACUGAGGAGUCACGUGAACAGUCUUGUCACAAUGGCUUUCAGGGCUCCACAGCAGAGGACAACAACCUUACCUCACUCCAUUUUCCUGACCAGCACCACAGUCAUCAUGGUGCCAGUGCCAAGAAUCCCCAAACUCAUCCAUAUUCCAUGAAGCAAUUGAUUGUUCAAGCAAUAUUUCUUUCCAAACACCAAGAGGAGCGUUUGGACGAGAUUUGCUCGUACAUUAAGAGGCAUAGACCAUCCUCCACACUAAGUUACAAAAAGUUAAAGAACCGUGUCCAAAAAAUCCUGGAAUCUGACAAAGAUUUUGUAAAAAUGCCACAUAUCCAUUGGAAAAUUGUACCGGAGAGAACUAGUAGAUUAUUUGCAACUGCAUUUCUCCGCUCUUCGCAUAACAAAAGGAGUCCGUCACAGUCUUCUCCGCUAAGCAUUGGCAAGAAUGACCUGACAUCUGGCGAUUCGUCUCGGGAAAUGUCGCCAAUGCUGGAGUACGUGGACUUGACAAUGUCUCCUCCUGACCCCCUUGAUAAUGAUGUUGUUGACACUACUGAUAAUCCUGUUGGAACAGUUGCUGAUACAAGUGUCCAUCCUGUUGAUAGUAGUAGUGGUGGUCGUGUGUGCGUAGCCCGAGCAUCACCAUUGCCAUCAUCUCGCCCUCAUCAGCAAGGUGUACAGUCCUACAACCAAACGAGAAAGAUGCUUUUGAAUAAAGAUGACUUAGAUCUGCCUGACAGACUUGUCUCGCCCCUCAAACGAAAGACAGACGAGCCCCAAAAUACCCCGAAAAGAACGAGAAAUAGACAAUUUCUGGAAGAAGGUAUGAAACCGGCAGAAGGCCCUACUUUUGUUAGUCAACUUAAAGUAAAACAUAGACUUUGGAAUGCUGACCAGAGAGGUAAUAACAACAGUGAGAAGAGGAGUAAUAGUCAGGACAAACAAGGUGUUGGUAAAAGUUCACCUCCGACCGUGGACAGGGGUCCACCUCCGACCGUGGGCAGGGGUCCACCUCUGACUGUAUACAGGGGUCCACUUCCGACUGUGAACAGGGGUCUACCUCUGCCCGUGGACAGGGGUCCACCUCCGACCGUGGGCAGGGGUCCACCUCCAACCGUGGACAGGGGUCCACCUCCGACCGUGGACAGGGGUCCACCUCUGACCGUGGACAGGGGUCCACCUCUGACUGUAUACAGGGGUCCACCUCCAACCGUGGACAGGGGUCCACCUCCGACCGUGGGCAGGGGUCCACCUCCAACCGUGGACUGGGGUCCACCUCCGACCGUGGACAGGGGUCCACCUCUGACCGUGGACAGGGGUCCACCUCUGACUGUAUACAGGGGUCCACCUCCAACCGUGGACAGGGGUCCACCUCUGACCGUGGACAGGGGUCCACCUCUGACCGUGGACAGGGGUCCACCUCUGACUGUAUACAGGGGUCCACCUCCAACCGUGGACAGGGGUCCACCUCCGACCGUGGACAGGGGUCCACCUCUGACCGUGGACAGGGGUCCACCUCUGACUGUAUACAGGGGUCCACCUCCGACCGUGGACCGACUGUGA